AUGGAGGUUCAGUUGACGGCUCCGACGGCGUCUCCUUCGCCAUUGUACGUUGGGGACCUGCACCCGGACGUCACCGAAGGUCAGCUUCUUGAUGCCUUCUCCGAGUUCAAGAGCUUGACCUCUGUGCGCAUUUGCAGGGAUUCUUCAUCUGGCAGCUCUCUCUGUUAUGGAUAUGUCAACUUCAUGUCUCAACAAGAGGCAAUGCGUGCCAUUAAGGUAAAGAAUCAUACACAACUGAACGGGAAAAUGAUCAGAGUUACGUGGUCACAUCGAGAUCCCAAUGCAAGAAAAAGUGGAGUUGGCAAUAUAUUUGUGAAGAACUUGAGUGAGUCAAUUAAUAAUGCGGGGCUGCAAGAUAUGUUUGAAAAAUUCGGGACUAUUAUAUCUUGCAAAGUUGCUACAUUUGAGGAUGGGAAGAGUAAAGGGUAUGGUUUUGUUCAGUUUGAGUUUGAAGAUUCUGCAAAUGCUGCUAUUGAGAAGCUUAAUGGUUCUACUAUUCAUGACAAGCAGUUGUAUGUCGGGAAGUUUAUGAAAAAGAGUGAUCGCGUUCUGCCUAGCCCGGACGCAACAUAUACAAACUUGUAUGUGAAGAAUUUGGAUCCCGAAGUCACAGAAGAGCUUCUUCAGGAGAAAUUUUCCGAGUUUGGGAAAAUUGUUAGCCUAGUUUUAGCAAAAGAUGAUGAUGGGGCAUCGAGAGGCUUUGGCUUUGUGAAUUUUGAAAGCUCAGAUGAUGCUAAAAGGGCACUGGAAGUGAUGAAUGGAUCACAACUUGGAUCCAAGAUUCUAUACGUGUCAAAGGCACAGAAGAAAGCUGAACGUGAACAAAUUUUGCGUCGUAGGUUUGAAGAGAAGCGUAAUGAGCAAUUCUUGAAAUCUAGGGGCUCAAAUGUAUAUGUAAAGAAUGUUGACGACGAUAUCACUGAUGAGGAGUUGAAGCAACGCUUCAGUCAGUGUGGUGCAAUUACUUCUGCGAAACUUAUGCGAGAUGACAAAGGAAUAAGCAAGGGGUUUGGAUUUGUAUGCUUCUCCACCCCCGAGGAGGCCAGUAAAGCUGUGAGCACUUUUCAUGGACACAUGUUUCAUCGCAAACCACUUUACGUGGCUAUUGCUCAAAGGAAGGAGGAAAGACAUGCUCAGUUGCAGCUGCAGUAUGUACAGCGUAUGGCUGGACUGGCAGCGGGAACUUCUACCACUGUUAUACCCAGUGGAUAUCCCCCUCUUUACUAUACUGCACCAUCAAGUGUUCUCUCACAUGUACAUCCCAGGCCUGGACUGAUGUACCAACCGUUUGGUUUAAGGCCUGGAUGGAGGGGAAAUGGCUUUGCACCUCCAACCAGACCCGCAUUGCAACCAUCAACCCUUCCUGUAAUGCCUAAUACAUCCAGACAAAACAGGCAAAACAGGGGUAGGAUAAACGGCCAUAUGUUCCCACAGACUGGUGCUCAAACUGUUUCAUACGUGCCACAUAUUCAACAGUCUACUCAAUCAUUGACUUCUUCAAAAGAUUUGAACAGUCAGCAGCGAUUUGGACCAACUAAAUAUGUGGCGAAUGGUCGUCCACGUGAGAUGAGCAAAGGAUCAUCCACUGUUUCUAAUACUGUUGGAAUUAUGUCACAAGGAUCUGAGAUGCUGAGUAGCAUGCUUGCUGCUGCUCUCCCUGAGCAACAGAAACAGAUACUGGGGGAGCGUCUCUAUCCCCUUGUGGAAAAACGUCAGCCUGACCUUGUUGCAAAGAUAACAGGCAUGCUUUUAGAGAUGGACAACUCAGAAUUGUUACUGUUAUUAGAGUCACCUGAUUCUUUGGCGACCAAAGUGGAGGAAGCAGUGGAGGUGCUGAAGCUCUCACAAACCAAAGUGUCCGGCCAAGAUGUCCUUCAUCCUAGUUAUCUCUCUGCAGAGGUCACGGUCAAUUAAGAUCGACAAUCAGCUUAGACUAGUACUCUUUGGAGGUUAGAGGAUACAGCACGUUGAACUCGGAUUAGUACUUUUUGGAGGUCAGAGGAUACGUUGCAGCUUAAGCUACUGGGGGAAGAAAAAUUUUUGAUACUACAAUACAAUAUAUUUUCCCCAGCUCUUAGGAUCCUCGCAUUUACUUUUUCUUUAAGGUGUAGGAUGUUUCUACUAUGAAGUGUAUUUGACGUUUCUUUUUUAUAGUUGUGCAAUUAAUUCUUUUGGUUUAUCUUUUUUAAGAGUAUUUAUAGUUCAAAAUAUUUUGAAGUUAUUCAGGCCAAAAAUUGGUCUAAACUAGACCGAGAUUGAAUUUCGUUCAAGAAACUAUAUUAACUUGAAAUUCUAAUUCCAAUCAGGUUUAAAGCAAGAUGAUU